AUGCCCGCCGAGGAAUCCAAGCCGGUCGACCCGGCCGUCAACGAAGUCGACGCCGACAUCAAGGGCAAGCAGGCCGCGGCUGAAUCCGACGCCGAGGAGGAAGAUGACGAGCCCGCGGCCGGUGACGCCUCUGUGGCCGGCGCUGCUCCGGCCAAGAAGAAGAAGAAGUCCAAGCGGAAGAAGGUCAAGGAGGUGCUGACUGGGAAGUCGGGCGACGCCGAGGCGGACCUGAAAAGGGCCAUUGGCGGGCUCACGCCGCAGCAGCUCCAGGAGCUCAUGGCGCUCAACCCAGCUCUGGCGGGCGAGCUGGCGCAGGCCUCGGGCAGCGCAAAUCCUUCGCCGGACCAGAUCGCCGAGCUGCUCAAGAAGAUGAACCUGCAGGACAUCAUGACGGGCCUCGCGGCGGCGGGCAAGAACGUCAAGGACAUGGCCUCGUACAAGUUCUGGCAGACGCAGCCGGUGCCCAAGUUUGGCGAGGACGAGAAGACGGUUGAGGAGGGGCCCCUGAAGAUCCAGACGGUCGACGAGAUCUCCAAGGAGCCGGCGCCUUUGGUGGCUGGGUUCGAGUGGGUAGAGAUGGAUCUGACGAAUGACGAGGAGAUCAAGGAGAUUUACGAGCUGCUCAACGGACACUACGUUGAGGACGACGAAGCCAUGUUUCGAUUCAACUACGGACCUGGCAUCCUGAAAUGGGCCAUGAUGCCGCCUGGCUGGGCCAAGCACUACCACGUCGGCGUCCGCGCCACCCAGUCCCGCAAGCUCGUCGCCUUCAUCUCCGCCAUCCCCGUGCGCGUGCGAGUCCGCAACAAGGUCAUCACCUGCUCCGAAGUCAAUUUCCUCUGCGUCCACAAGAAGCUUCGAGGCAAGCGCCUGGCCCCCGUCCUCAUCAAGGAAAUCACCCGCAUCAGCAAUCUGCACGAGAUCUGGCAGGGUCUGUACACGGCCGGCAUCGUCCUCCCCAGGCCCGUCAGCACGUGCCGCUACUACCACCGCUCGCUCAACUGGCAGAAGCUGUACGAGUGCAACUUUGUCCACCUGCCCCAUGGGAGCAAGCCUCAGUACCAGAUCCGCAAGUAUGCCGUCCCGGACCAUACCUCCACCAAGGGUCUGCGUGAGAUGAAGCCCGCCGAUAUCGAAGCCGUUGUCAAGCUGAUGGAUCGGUACAUGAGCCGAUUCGACAUUGCCCCUGAGAUGUCCAAGGAGGAAGCAACCCAUUGGUUCUGCCCAACGGUUGAGGCCGGCCAAGACCAAUACAUCUGGUCCUAUGUCGUCGAGGUAAGAAAAAAAAAGAAGAAGAAAAAAGCACCUUGUGCCAUCAAAACUAGCCCAUCCCCUUUUACUAACGGUUCCUUUCUUCUUUCUUCACUGCAGGAUGACGAGAAAAACAUCACCGACUUCUUCUCCUUCUACUGCAUCGAGUCAUCCGCCAUCAACAACCCCAAACACGACGUCAUCCGCGUCGCCUACCUCUUCUACUACGCCACCGACUCGGCCCUCAAGGAGCCCUUCGACAAGGCCGCCCUCAAGUCCCGCCUCAACGACCUCGUCCACGACGCCCUCAUCCUCGCCAAGCAGGCCCGCUUCGACGUCUUCAACGCCCUGUCCCUCAUGGACAACGGCCUCUUCCUCGAGCAGCAGAAGUUUGGCGCCGGCGACGGACAGCUGCACUACUACCUCUUCAACUACAGGGCCAACCCCAUAGCCGGAGGCGUCGACAAGAAGAAUCAGCUGGACGAGAAUGCCCUUAGUGGCGUCGGAUUGGUCUUGCCCUAG